AUGACUAGUACAAUUACGAUGGAAAAAGUUGCUCGACCUGAAUUAGCUAAACACGAAUCAUCGAUUCUGGAUCUAGUCUUUGUCAUGGACUGCACUGGAUCGAUGGGAUCAUAUAUUGCUAGUGCUACAAAUAAUAUACGUUCAAUUGUUGAAGAAAUAGUUGUCAGCGAAAAAAGUGACAUUCGUUUGGCACUUGUCGAAUAUCGUGAUCAUCCACCUCAAGAUCAUACUUUCGUUACACGGGUGCAUGAUUUUACUGCUAAAUUUAGUGAGAUGAAAUGUUGGUUACAAGAAUGUCAAGCAUCUGGAGGUGGAGAUGGACCAGAAGCUGUGGCUGAUGGACUUCAUGCUAUUCUCAAACUAUCAUGGCGUGCUGAAUCAACAAAAAUUUGCAUUCUGAUUGCUGAUGCUCCACCUCAUGGACUUGAUCCUAGUGGUGAUGGUUUUCCUAAUGGAUGUCCCGAUGGUCUCGAUCCUGUACAAAUCGUUCGAGAAAUGGCAAAAAAACAAAUCACACUCUACUCAGUUGGUGUUGAACCUCCUAUCACGCCUUAUCGUGAUUUUUUUAUGUCAUUGGCUUAUAUUACAGGUGGUCAAUAUAUUCCAAUGAUUAAUGCUAAACUCUUGGCUAAAGUCAUCAUUGGUGGUGUCCGUGAAGAAAUUUCCUUAGAUCGGUUGAUGCAAGCUGCUGAAGAAGAUAUUAAUCGUGAAAUGAAACGAGCAGAAGCAGAAGGUGCUGAUGAUAAAGAAAAAGUCAAGCGAAUCAACGAUAUUUUUACAACGAAUAAUCUUUUUUCAACACAAAUGGCAAAUCCCUUUGGAGUGACGUCGUGUACUGCCAAGGUAUAUUCUUCAACUUGUCAAAAUAUGGCCGAAAUGCAGCAUGCAUUCGUAUCAGCACCAAGAGCUACUUCAUCCGUAUUUGCUACAACUUCGACUGCUCCAUUUACGUUUGGUCCACCUUCGGCUGCACCUGGUCUAUUUGGAUCUAGUACAUCACCAGCUGCUGCACCG